AUGCGUGAAACAUGCCCCGGAUACCGAGAUGAGUGGGAGCUUGUCUUCCGCGAUCAGACCGACCAGACCAUCAAACGCACUAAGGAGAAACGGGCAAGGAGCGCGAAUGCAGCCGGGGCCAACGAUUCGCCCCCAGCCCGUGGGCUGAGCCCCAGUCCUGACGAGAUUGGCAUCAACUACUUUAUCCGCAAUUUUGUCAUCGGCAACCAGUCUUCUUCGCGUGGAUAUCUGAACUAUAUUCCGUCAGUCUAUUUGAAUGAUGGCGAGCAUCCAACGCUAGUGUCUAGCUUGGCAGCCGUGGGCCUUGUGGCGUUGGCUAAUUCAACUCAACAGCCUGAACUGGCCAGCCACGCGCGCGCCAAGUACUCGGAGGCAAUAUGCAAUAUUAAUAGCGCGCUCGCAUCGCCUUCCGAAUCCGUCAAAGACAGCACUCUGAUGUCGGUGAUCUCCUUGGGAUUAUUUGAGCAAGUCUCUGGCUUUGACACAUGGCUUCGGCAUGUCGAAGGCGCUGCUGCGCUGGUGGUUGCCCGGGGUAAGAAGCAAUUCUCUACCCCGGUCACAAUCCGGAUGUUCAUUCAAGCACGCGCCGAUUUGGUGAUUGCCAGUCUUCAUAGCACUAAGCCGAUUCCAAAAGAUAUGCUUGAGCUGCAGGAAGAGGCAGCUAAACACACAGAUACUACUACUGCAUUCUGGCAACUGGGGGUACUGGGAACCCGGUGCGCCAAUCUCCUUUUCGCCCUUAGAGGAAGUAUCCGGGGAGGCGCCUGGGCUGAAUAUCUGGAAGAAGCCACUUCGAUUGAACGUGACUUUCAACGCACCGUCGAGAGACUUGCUAUAGCGGAACCCUACACAACUACCCAGGAGCCCAGUGGAGACCCAACGAUAGUUCUCAAUGGGCGGGUUGACCGCUAUAAAGAUAUCUGGUCGAUCAGGCUCUGGAACAAUUGUCGGAACCUGCAGAUGAUCCUCUGCGAGAUGAUCUGUUACCUCCUGAAUGGACUUCUUGGCGGAGACCUCCCAUCAACUCUCCAAAUGAGUAUGAAUUACAGGCUCCAAGAGACGCUGGAAAGGUUGUCAAAGCUGGGCAAUGACUUUCUCGCUACCAUUCCCCAGGCUAUGGAGUUGUCAUCUUUGCCAUCUGAUCCUCGCCCGUCUCUUGAUCUCUCCUUCCGCGGCAAUGUCACGGGUGGUUAUAUGCUGACUUGGGGUCUCUACAUGGUAGGGAAGUGCGCGGUCACAACCAAGGAGACUCGAAAAUGGAUCAUCCAACGUCUUCAAAGCAUCGGUAGUAAUUCUGGCACCGCAGUUGCACUACAACUGGCGGAGGACAUUAUCAAAAUAGACCAAUUGUCUGUCUGA